AUGCGCAAUAGUGUGACCGCGCAGUUCUUUUUGCUCCAGACGUUUGAAAGCUGGCACGGUGAGCACGAACGUGCAGUCUGUGUGUUUGAUCGACCGCUGCAUCUCGCACUGACAAAAAGAGUCACUGUGACGUAGCAACCAUGGAACUGAAUGAUGCUAACCUACAAACCCUCACAGAGUUCCUCAGAAAAACGCUGAACCCAGACCCGACCGUCCGACGUCCAGCUGAAAAGUUUCUUGAAUCCGUUGAAGGAAACCAGAACUACCCAAUACUACUCCUCACGUUGCUCGAAAAGUCCCAAGACAAUGUUAUUCGUGUCUGCGCUGCUGUUACGUUCAAAAACUACAUCAAAAGGAACUGGCGCAUUGUUGAAGAUGAACCAAACAAAAUUUCAGAACAAGACAGAACAACCGUCAAAGCAAACAUUGUCAAUUUGAUGCUUAGUAGUCCGGAACAGAUUCAGAAACAGCUGAGCGACGCCAUUAGCAUCAUCGGACGGGAAGACUUCCCUCAGAAGUGGCCUGACCUUCUGACAGAGAUGGUGACCCGGUUCCAAAGUGGAGACUUCCAUAUUAUCAACGGAGUGCUGCGCACUGCACACUCUCUCUUUAAGAGGUAUCGUCAUGAAUUUAAGUCAAAUGAGCUUUGGUUGGAGAUCAAAUUAGUUCUCGAAACAUUUGCCUUACCUCUGACGGAGUUGUUCAAGGCCACUAUUGAGUUGUGUCAGACUCAUGCUACCGAUGUCAAUGCCUUGAAAGUGCUCUUCUCCUCACUCACACUCAUCUCCAAGCUUUUCUACAGUCUUAACUUUCAGGACCUUCCUGAAUUUUUCGAAGAUAACAUGGAAACCUGGAUGACCAAUUUCCAUGCGCUUCUGACUCUGGAUAAUAAACUUUUGCAAACAGAUGAUGAGGAGGAAGCGGGUCUCCUGGAGCUCCUCAAGUCACAGAUCUGUGACAACGCUGCCCUUUAUGCUCAGAAGUAUGAUGAAGAGUUCCAGCCGUACCUUCCUCGCUUUGUAACUGCCAUCUGGAACCUUCUAGUUUCGACCGGCCAGGAAGUUAAAUAUGACCUGCUCGUGAGCAAUGCCAUCCAGUUUUUGGCCUCGGUGUGCGAACGGCCGCACUACAAAAAUCUCUUUGAGGAUCAGAAUACGCUCACUAGCAUUUGCGAGAAGGUCAUUGUGCCCAACAUGGAGUUCAGAAGCGCGGACGAGGAGGCUUUUGAAGACAACUCUGAAGAAUACAUCCGGAGGGACCUUGAAGGCUCUGACAUUGACACUCGCCGUCGGGCGGCUUGUGACUUGGUAAGGGGUCUGUGUAAGUUUUUCGAGGGCCCGGUCACUGCCAUCUUCUCGGGAUAUGUCAACUCGAUGCUGGCCGAGUACGCAAAGAACCCCGGCGCCAACUGGAAGCACAAAGAUGCCGCCAUCUAUUUAGUCACGUCACUGGCAUCCAAAGCUCAGACACAGAAGCACGGAAUAACUCAAGCCAAUGAAUUGGUGAAUUUGACCGAGUUUUUUGUGAAUCACAUUCUCACAGACCUCAAAUCCCCGAAUGUUAAUGAGUUCCCAGUCUUGAAGGCAGAUGCCAUCAAGUACGUGAUGAUCUUCCGAAGCCAGCUUCCGAAGGAGCAACUGCUGCAGGCUGUUCCGCUCUUGAUCACCCACUUGCAGGCAGAGAGCACCGUGGAACACACGUAUGCUGCGCACGCUUUGGAGAGGCUGUUUACUAUGAGGGGGCCAAAAAAUGCAACGCUCAUCACUCCUGUGGAGAUGGCUCCUUUUACUGAGAUGCUCCUCACCAACCUGUUCAAGGCGAUGGCACAUCCUGGUUCAUCCGAAAAUGAAUACAUCAUGAAAGCCAUCAUGCGCAGCUUCUCACUUCUCCAGGAAUCCAUCGUUCCUUACAUUCCCACUCUCAUCGAUCAGCUCACUCAGAAGCUUCUUUUAGUCAGCAAGAACCCCAGCAAGCCUCACUUUAACCACUACCUGUUUGAGUCUCUCUGCCUGUCUGUCCGGAUCACCUGCAAGGCUAACCCCGCCACCGUUGGCAGUUUCGAGGAAGCUCUCUUCCCAGUUUUCACGGAGAUCCUCCAGAACGAUGUCCAGGAGUUUCUGCCGUACGUAUUCCAGGUGAUGUCUCUCCUCCUGGAGAUGCAUUCCAACUCGAUUCCCUCUUCCUACAUGGCUCUAUUCCCUCACCUGCUGCAGCCUGUUUUGUGGGAGCGCACGGGCAACAUCCCGCCUCUGGUGCGCCUGCUUCAGGCCUACAUGGAAAAAGGAGGAGCCACUAUUGCUGCAUCUGCUGCUGAUAAAAUACCUGGACUGCUUGGUGUUUUCCAAAAACUUAUUGCCUCCAAGGCCAACGACCACCAAGGAUUCUACCUUCUCAACAGCAUUAUCGAGCACAUGCCCCCAGAAUCCCUCACUCAGUACAGGAAACAAAUCUUCAUUCUGCUCUUCCAGAGACUGCAAAGCUCCAAAACCACCAAGUUCAUCAAGAGUUUCUUGGUAUUUGUCAACCUGUAUUGUGUCAAGUACGGCGCUAUUGCGCUUCAGGAGAUUUUUGACAGCAUCCAGCCCAAAAUGUUUGGCAUGGUCUUGGAGAAAAUCUUUAUUCCGGAGGUUCAGAAAGUGUCUGGAACAGUUGAGAAAAAGAUCUGUGCUGUUGGAAUCACAAAGGUCCUCACUGAAUGUCCCGCCAUGAUGGACACGGAGUACACUAAGCUCUGGCCCCCGCUGCUCCAGGCCCUCAUUGGUCUCUUUGAGCUGCCCGAAGACGACAGCAUCCCGGACGACGAGCAUUUCAUCGACAUUGAAGAAACGCCCGGCUAUCAGACUGCUUUCUCACAGCUGGCCUUUGCUGGGAAGAAGGAGCACGACCCUAUCGGAGAUGCUGUCAGCAACCCGAAAAUAUUGUUGGCCCAUUCGCUCCACAAGCUUUCGACGGCCUGUCCGGGAAGGGUUCCAUCAAUGCUGAGUAGCAGUCUGAACGCCGACGCCCUCCGGUUCCUGCAGGCUUAUUUACAGGGAGCCAAUGUGCAACUGGUCUGAAAGACAAUGCUGUUCGGUUGAAAAGGACGCCGUAAUCUUUACACACUUGACCAUCAAAUCGUGGAAUUCCCCCACAGGUAAUCAUACACAUCUUUGGGUUUUCUCCGAUUGCGAUGAUUUGUUUUUAAGUGUUUUAAAGACAUGACCAAACGCUAGCCUAACACAUGCGAUUUUGCUUUCGAACUCUUGCGUUUGUCAUGAGGCCAAAAGUCCAUCAAUCAACACCCCCCUCCCCGCUUUGGCAAAAGAAAUGGAACAAUUGAUUUUGAGUUGGCUCUUUGUAUGUUUUGAAUUUUGUGUUGCAUGUUUCCUGUAGCUUUAUUCAUGUUUAGUCUGUUUUGACACUGUUUAUCAUGUGAAUAAAAAAAAGAGGCACUUGUAUAGAUUUGUCAUGGCCUCCGCAUCA